UUGUCUCGAAGUGUCAUCACUAAUCAAUCAGCUGUAACCCCUUUUCUACACCCAUGGAAUCACCUGUUGUUGUUGUGCAAAUUGUUAUCACACCGCAAACAAAGAGAUAACAAUUAAUUGUGGCAUUAUGAGCAAAUCAGGCAAUAUCAUGCGUCUGGUGCUUCUGCAGCUGAGGGGUUCCAAGGACAAGACGGCCAAUGUCCAAAAUGCCGUCAGCAAAAUCGAGGCUGCUGUGAAGGAGCAUCAGCCUCGCUUAAUCACUCUGCCCGAGUGUUUCAACGCCCCUUAUGGAACCAAAUACUUCCGGGAGUAUUCAGAGAGCAUCCCGGACGGGUUCACCUCACAGCAGCUUUCCAGCCUCGCGAAAAAGCACCAGGUCUACAUAGUGGGAGGGACUAUUCCGGAACUGGGCGAAAAUGAUGCAAUUUAUAACACAUGCACCGUGUGGUCCCCGACUGGAGAUCUCAUUGCUAAGCACCGCAAGAUGCAUUUGUUUGACAUCGACGUAAAGGGUGGAAUCCGGUUCAAGGAAUCGGAGACACUGUCGGCAGGCAAUGAUUUCACCACAAUUGAGGUUGAUGGCCACAAAAUCGGCAUUGGCAUCUGCUACGACAUCCGGUUCGAAGAAAUGGCACGGCUAUAUCGUAAUGAAGGUUGCAAGAUGAUCAUCUACCCAGCUGCAUUUAACAUGACCACGGGUCCGCUUCACUGGGAGCUUCUUCAGCGAAGCCGAGCCAACGACAACCAGUUAUUUGUGGUAACCACUUCUCCAGCGAGGGAUACCAACGCGGAGUAUGUUGCUUAUGGCCACUCCAUGGUCGUUGAUCCCUGGGCCAAGGUACAGCAAAGUGCCGGCGACGGUGAGGAGACUGUGGUGGCGGACAUCGACUUCUCCCUGGUGGAUCAAGUGCGUCAACAAAUCCCCGUAUUUAGCCAGCGUCGCGUGGACCUAUAUGCCACCGAAAAGAAGUCGAAGUAAUGGAUAUUAUUUCUGCAUUUAUAUUGAAUGUAAAUAUUAAAAUUUAUUAGACCUAAA